AUGGCAGAGCUGGCAGAGCCGGCGCCGGCGCCUUCGCCCUCUGCGCCGUCGAGUCCACGGAGCAACGCCAGCAGCGGCCGCCUGGACGACGGGGAGGGACAACCGGAACCGCAGGAUGUGGGCGGAGACCCCGGCGACGCGGAUGGCGACCCGGUGCCGCCACCGUUGCAGCUUGAGCCAGAGGCCCUCGAGGCAGAGAUCGAGCUCAGUAAACCGGCGCCAAAAAGCGGCUCGGGCACUGCGGACACCCCGGGCACCGUUGGCACCGCAGGCACUGUGAAAGCCCCACUGGUCGCCGAGGCUUGUCUUGCUGUUUGCGGUAUCCCAGUGGAUGCUACGAGCCGGGAAUUGCACAUCCUUUUCAGUGGCUGUCCGGGUUAUAUGUUUUGCACAGGAGUGCUUGACGGGGACAAACCGUAUGCAUUGGUACAUUUCUGUCAGCCCGAGCACGCCUUACAAGCGGCCAAGUCAAGGAAGAACACCAGCUGGGAUGCCAGCGGCGCGAAGGUUGACUUCGAGGUUCGGCGCUCGGAGCACAUGGGGGAGGUCCUGCGGCAGCGAGGCUUUGGGCCGAAACAUCCCGUCGCAACUCCGCGCUCGACCAAACGAGCCGCCUCGCAGCCGAGCCGGUCUCGCGACCGUGAUGCAGAGCCUGGGGUGCCAGGCAACACUUGGAAUGUUCGGCCGAAAGAGCGCAUUGGCACACCCAAGUCCCUGCUCAAUCCGUGCUCAGUUGAGGCCAACAUGGCCAAAGCUCGGGUCGAAGCAGCCGUUAAGAAGAACAAACUCACUGAGCUGGAAUCCUCCAUCAAAGAGGCAGCAGACGCAGGUGUUCCGCAGCACGAGCUUUCAGAGGCCCAGGAGAAGAUGCGGCAGCACCGGCGCCGUUUGGCCGUGCGGAAUGCGGUGUUUGCACAACAGCGCGCCCGGAAUCGUCUGGCAGAUGCCUGGGAUGCGUUGGACAAAAGCGUUGAACCCAACAAGCGGAUGACCUUCGUGGAACAAGCCGUGAAAGAAGGCGAAGAAGCGUGUCUUCUUUGCGCCAAAGCAGCUCAGAAGAUGGAAGAAUCCCGACUGCGAGAAGCCAUUGAGGUUUUGUGCAAGAAGUGGGUCCGGCUGGUGCAGACAAAGAUCGAAGAAGCUAUGCGUGGCCAAAACGUCUCUGCUUUGCGUUUAGCUUUGUCAGAGGGCCAGGUCGUAAAGGACAGCAUGGUGAAAGGCUUCGGUUCGUCUGAGUCAAAAGGCCCAAGCAGAGAUUGCAAGGACGAAGGCGGAGUUGAACUUCCUUCGACUCCGCCGAAGCUUCCGGCUGGCGAGGAGCCGAGUCGCUUUGACGUGGAAGCUUUCGAUGGACUGCUGCAGCAGGGCCGAAGUGCUUUGGACGCCGAAGAACGUCGCAGUUCCGCAGAAGCGAGACUGUCAGAAGCCUUGGACAGUACUUCUGCAAAGUGCGUGAAAUCCAGUGGCAAACUUCGAGAACUGCUGCAAGAGUCCAAGCAAUGCCUUGUGGACAGCAACCUCAUCGCUUCAGCGGAAAAACGACUGGCCGCCAUGGAGGGCGAAGCUGCUGCCAAGUGGAUGCUGAUCACAGCCUCUUUGAGAGCGCGCGCCGGCACGCUGGCGUCCUGUGUGUCUGGCCCAGAGGACAUGAAGUUUGCCAUCAAAUCAGCCAAGUCUAUGGGCUUGAGCAAAGUCCAGUUGGAGAGCGCGUUGGAAACCUAUGACAAGCUGGAGAAGCUCCAAGUGAUAUUCUACGUGCUCUCGGAUGCGUUGAAAGAGACCGAUGUGACACAAAUCAGAGAAGUCUUGCGCCGUGUGUCGGCCACUGGCUUGGUGGCACACCAAAGCCCCUUGCUGACGGUGUACCUUACGAGGUUGAGACACCACCUGGAAAGACUGGAAAAGCAACAGCAGGCCUCCGAGCGAGUGAAGGAAGCGAUGAGCACCGAUCGGCACUCUAUAAUUCUGGAUGAGCUGCCAACACGGAUUGAAGAAGCGAAACGAAGCGGGGUGCGUGAUUCCAGCUUGGAGGGCGCAGAAGAGAAGCUACGGAUAUCGAGGGCACAGGUUCGCUUGGAAGCUGCGCUGGCAUGUCCGAGCGAGCUGAAGGACGCGUACCGAGAAGCACUUGCUGCUGGGGUUGACCAAGAACUUCUCAGCGAAGCAGCGGAAGUCCUUGAAGCUGAGGAGCUUCGAUCGAGGAUCAAAGAGUUCGCUGCUUCCCUCCAACUCGUAUCCUUGGAAAGAAGUUUGAAGCUGUGGGCCGAGAAGGGCUACAAUGGUGCCGACAUCGCAGAGCUGGAGGCCCAACUUCCCGAGCUGCGGCGGCAGCUGUCGCAGUGUCAGGAGGAGUUGGACAUGGCGAUGAAACCAAUCGGUUUCAUGGACGUACCUGACGACGGGAUGAAACUGCAGCAAAACGCCUUGGAAGUUUUGGACCAAGUGGCGUUGGUUUUGGAGAAGCAUCCGCGCCUUCCGAUCGUCGUUGAAGUGUGUGCCAGCCCUAGUCAGUCAGAGGAGGAAAAAUUCUCCCAAGCAACAGUUGUGAAGAAAGAGCUCCUGCUGCGAUGUUCCAACGAAAUCCGAACAUCCAGUGGCACGAAGUCAGGCCCUCUCAAUGUUCGGAUACGUGUGGCGAGCGAGAGCAAGAGCCCCGUCAAAGUGGCGCGAGAGCGGGACGAGAGAGACCCAAGUUCCCGGAAAGGAGAAGUGCUGAUGCCCAAGGCCCCAAAGUCUCCUCCGAAGCCGCGGAAGGGCGGUGAGAGGAUUGGAAAGUGA